GAACGGACACUUGCAGCUGCUGAAUCCACGGACCCAGAAGUGACGUGCCAAGGCGGGCCAGCGAGCGAGCAAGAAGCCAAAAGACGGAUCAACUGCAAAAGACUCCCGAGAAAGCCAGACGGAGAGCAGAGAAGCUCUCGAGCCGACCCCUGAAUCCGACACGUGGAAAGAAAAAGCCCCAGAAGAAUGUCGAGUGAGCGAAAUUGGCGGGGAGAAGGUGCAAUUUUAUGGCGUCUAGUACGUCUUCGCGGCAGCCGCUCUAGUGCCGUCGCUGGCGUUCCCAGAGAGCUUCUCUGUAGCUAAGGAGUGUUGAGUCUCCGUGUUUUGACGGAUGUGUACAUGUGGCCAAUGUAUAUAGGCAAAGCCAGUGGCACUGGAUCGCUGAUGCGUGGUGCGGGAAUUUCAUUACACUUGCGGGCCCCACCCUAUGUAUAGCGAUCUUGUUGCCACUAGUCGGGCGGGAAAGCAGGAGAGCGUAGGUUUUCGUCUGCUGGAACCAGAAGCGGCAGUUUGAGCGGCCUCCAAGUUGUGUAGCUGGUUCAUCCAGUGUAGUGCAGCCAGAGAGCGAAAGACAAACAGUCCAUUGUUGCCAGCUAGCUAGCAGUCUGUGCAAGUAGUAGUUUGCAAGAUAUAAGCCUCAAGUGCAGUGGAACGGCUUCACGAUACGUUGGGGUUGUUAUCCAACAAGAAUUGUCUGCCCUCUCGUGACAUUAAUUCCCUGGAAUCCAUCACUACUUUGUGCUAAUUACAACUGCCUUCAUUAACUUUCCCUCCCUCCCCUCCCUCCCCCCUCCCUUCUUUACUUCCUCCUUUGACUGCCAACUUUUCAACACACGAAAAUGCAAUUCCUGAAAAAAUGGACCGUCAAAGAAUCAGAGAAAGCGGCGCCGCAGUUUGUGGGCUAUGCCAAUCUCCCCAACCAAGUAUUCCGCAAAGCCGUCAAGAGAGGGUUUGACUUUACCCUCAUGGUAGUAGGUCAGAGUGGGCUGGGCAAGUCGACACUCAUCAACUCUCUCUUCAUGAGUGACAUCUAUGAAGACAGUACUUACAAUGGCUCUGGGAUUAGAAUGCCAAAAACAACUCAGAUUCGGAGUUCAACAGUUCAUGUGCAGGAAGGUGGGGUACAUUUGGAGCUGACGGUGAUUGACACCCCAGGAUUCGGUGAUGUGGUGGACAACAGCCAAUGCUGGAAGCCAAUCACAGAGCACGUCAACUCUUUGUUUGAAGAGUUUCUCAACGCAGAGAGUCGAGUGAUCCGAGAGGCAAUGGAGGACCGUCGCGUCCAUGUCUGUCUCUACUUCAUUGCCCCUACUGGACACGGGCUGAAGCAGGUCGACAUUGAGUUCAUGAAGGAACUGUGCGAGAAGGUGAAUGUAAUUCCGGUCAUAGCCAAAGCAGACACCCUCACACCAGAAGAAUGUUCACGAUUCAAGAAAACGAUCAUGAACGAGAUUCACGAGAAUGGAAUCAAGAUUUACCAGUUCCCUGAUUCUGAGGGAGACGAGGAGGAGGCGGCCGCCAACAAGAAACUUAGAGACGCCAUCCCGUUUGCGGUGGUGGGCAGUAAUACAGUUGUGGAGGUGAGUGGGAAGAAGGUCAGAGGUCGGCUGUACCCGUGGGGAGUGGCGGAGGUCGACAAUCUCUCUCACUGUGACUUCACCACUCUCAGGAACAUGCUCGUGAGAACUCACAUGCAGGACCUGAAAGACGUGACAGACAAUGUCCACUACGAGAACUAUCGCUGCCAGAAGCUGGCCGGUUUCUCUGGAUCUCUCACUCCAAGACAGAACACAGACCCUCCUCCCUCCAGGGACCCAAUGGCCCAGUUUGACGUUGAGAAGAGAGAACACGAGAUGAAGAUGAAGAAGAUGGAGCAGGAGAUGGAGGAGGUCUUUGAGAUGAAGGUCCAGGAAAAACUCCAGAAACUGAGAGACAUCGAGGCCGACUUGAACCGACGGAAGGAGCAGAUGUCGCUGGCUCUGAAGCAGCAACAACAGGAGCUCCAGACAAAGAGGAAACAGUUUGAUGAAGACAAGCGGCUCUUCGAGGAGGAACACCAGCGCUACAUGAAGGAGCUGGAGGACUCCAUGAGGUCAAAGGACAACAAGAAGCACAAGAAAAAAUGACGAGGCCACACCCCCUCGUUAGUAACCCGGGGCUCUGGCUCUCUGGCUGCAUAUAAACAACACAUUAUUAGAGCUAUGUACUAGAUUAUGUACAAAUUAUCGCAUCUCUCUUUUUGGGGGGAGCACUAGCAAUUACUGAACUAGUGAGAAUAUUCAUAUAUAACUUACACAUUUUUCAAAUUUUCAUGCUUUCUGUAACUAUGUAAUUGUAUAGUAAUCACCAUCAUGUUCUCAUGUAUGCAGUUAUUAUAGGAUGUCGUUACACUUCUUUCAUUUUUACUAUAGAAAAGCAUAUUUUUGUUGAGAAAUUAUUAUAUGUUUAUAAAACGUGUGACUAGAGUGCGUGUAAUCAUUCUGGUGUGGAGGUGACAGUGCAGGUUAAAAAGUAAUGAUUUAAGAGGAAUUUGCUCAGAUAAUAAGUAUAGGGUUCUGGAAUCUGUGAUUGGAUCCUCAUUGACAAGUGAUGUGUGAAUGGAACGGCAUUAGAGAAAUAUCCUGUGGCCUCGCAGGGUUGUUUGUUGAGUCAGCGGUUUUCUCCGGUGGGUUACGACAGCUUGUAGAGAGGGCGGGGCCAGAGACGAGCCUCUAAUUGAGGGGCAGAUGGAAGACGAGGGUGGAGAGAGGGGGUUAAGGUAGGAGUUGGUAAUUGGUCUUGCAGGGAUGGCUCCUGUCCCAUUGCGAGAGGUUCAGAUGUCGCGAUGGAGGUGGGAGGAGGUGGGGAGUUGAGGGAGAGUGUGAGGAGUGAGGGAGGAGGUGGGGAGUUCAGUGUGCUGUGUCCCAGGGAUAAGAUAGACCUGCCUUUUGCCUGAGCUUUGGGGAUCUGGGGAAGACGGAGAGAGGAGGGAGGGAGGAGGGUGCUUGCUGUAAGUGAUUGACACGCCCACAUUCCCCUCUUCCUGGGUGUGGCACUUUUGUUGCCAGGCGUUGCCACGGAUUCCAUUGUUGAUCGGUGAGUAUUUCAUCAUAGGAUGAAGAUGGGGCAGUUUCACUGUCUUUACGUCACACGGCAGCUCCAUUACUGCUACUCUCUCUUGCAGAAGACAGCACGACAGUCCUCCCAGAGUGGCCUCAAUGUGAUCCAGAGGUCUCUGGAUCAUCACCACAGGCAGUCGAUUCAGUGAGGUAUUGGCCGACUUUCUUGGCAGGACCGGGGCUCUGGACACAUCUGCCAACUGUGAGCGGCUGUUGCGACUUCUUCCUCUGGUCUCCUCUCUACAUCUCCUUCCUCUCAGCCACAGUGGCCCUCUCCUUGGUGUGGUGACAGGGUCUGGGAUCACGUGCUUCCUCCUUGCCUUCGUCUCUCCCCUGUCAAUAACACUAGCCAGCAUUCUCCUGGUGGUGUCCUCUCCUCUCUCUCCUCUCCCACUAGAUUCUUUUUGGCUCACAGUUGCUGCAUGGUGGAAACGCCCCCUUUUGAUUUA